AUGCGUCAGAAUACAAUUGUGAAAAGACGUGGUCCGUAUGUCCCAGUUCGGUACGCGAAUGGGUCUGUCCCAGGUGCACAAUACGCUGGCAACAAUGCAUCGUCUAUUGCCAACGCCGCGAUUGCACAUCACUUGACCUACACAGUGACGUUAGACCGUGUCCUUUGGGAUCCAGGGGGCGGGAAAGGGGAUAAAGUUGGAAACUUCAGAGUUUGCAUUGUUGGCCCCGACCACGAUGGCUGGACUGAAUUCGCAUCGAGACUAAAUUGGACAUGGUGUUUGUGUGUGCAAAUUAAAUUGCCCACAUUUGACUCCAUCAUUCAGCACUUUCCAUCCGCAACUAUCGGCGAGUUGAACUUUCCAAAUUCAUUUAAACAUUUUCCAGUCCGAUCGGCCGCUGCGAAUAAAGAGCUUUUGUUCGUUGAGCAUAAAACCUCUUUGACCAUCGCAGCGUCUAACCACGUGGAUGAAAGCGCGGGAAAUCGGAAAAUUCGAGCGGCGAAAACCAACCCGCGACACCGACAACCCUCUCAAAGCUUCGGUGUGUACUGGCUGCUGACUGAAGAUUGUAGUCCCGGCCAGUAUUUUCCCCGUUCACGAACGCUUUUCCUAUCCGUAUCUGAUGCAAAUCCAGAAUCCCUGGAGAGCACAUUUGAAUGA